AUGCGACAACACCAUAGAGCAGAUCCUACUGGCACCUAUGAGCUCAAGAAAGAUUCCCAGAUUCAACAGCUAUUCAUGAAGAUCGAUUACACCGGCGAUGGCAAAAUCGAGGGGUUUAAGUUCUACACAUACGUAUACCUGGAAAACAAAGAGGAGAAAGAGACUGUGCAUCGCAGUAAGAUUGCAGCCUUCAUAUUUCCAGCUAUCGUCAAGUCUCUAAACCACAGGGAGCCCGUUCUGAGAAUCCGCUUCCCUCCUAAUGGCAGCGUUGUGACUCUUAGAGAAGAUGGGGUUGUUAGCUUCUGGACCCCCAAGCUUUAUUUGAAGAACAAGAAGAAUGUGUUUUCUGAGAGAUCCAUUGGUCGAAAAUCUAAAUGGGCUGCUGAUUUUGUGCCAACGCCUGACUAUAACAAACUGAUUAUUGGAACAGGAUCCAGAGAGGUUCAGUUUUUUGAGCUUUCCACUUUGGAGCCUUGCUGUCAGUUGAGUCUUCUAGAAACUGUGCCUUUAUUACUGGUGGGAAGCAUUCAUCCAUCAACCUACAUGCAAGAGCAGAUGAGAGAGAAAACAGAAGUGUGUGGAGAGGGAAAAUCUACGAAAGUUGCACAGAAGAACUUCACCAUUCCUAAAGGAGUCACGAACUUUGACUUGUGUAAGAAUUGAAAUCUUUUUUUCACCGGUGGGACGGACAAGCUGUUGCCCAUGUGGAUGCCAUACAUCCCUUGAAAACCAACCGGGAUUUUGAAAGGUCACACCGCCCCUGUUUCCUACCUCUGUACUGCCUCAGUCUCCGCAGACAACACCGCUAAGAUAUGGCAUAUUAAGGAUCAGACAUGUCUGUUUACUGCACAUCCAAAAGCAAGUCAGAUCCAGGGAGAGUUGUCUGCGUGCCUCCACUCUUCCGCUGCGGGGUUAUACAUUGCCUCAGAUUCCUUCGCCUUACUAUCCCUUCAAACAAAACCACAGCCUAAAGGCAGUCAGACUGUGUCCCAUAAAGAGCCAGUGUUGUGCUGUGGAUACAGUGAGGAGUUUAGGUAGGUGGUGAGCUGUUCUGAGGCAUCGGUGAGUGGUUUUGAGAAGUAUAUGUGUGAAACACAUUGAGAAAGCAUAUACAAUGUCUUUCAUACUCAUAGGUUGAUCUUUUAAAAUUCACACAAUUUGUUUCAAGAUGAUUGAAUGAUUGGAUAUCAGUUUCUUAUAGACAGUUUAUCAUGAAGCUAUAAUAAAGACAACAUUUGAUACACUACAGU